AUGGGGAUGAUCUUCAUCAUUCUGCUUGGUCUACAUACUGUGAUGGGACUGGGACGUUGGUGUGAACACACAGUGGAGGACAGAGUGAAGCAUGUCCUGUCUCCACGCCUGCAGCUUGAAGUGAGCUGUUCUGCUGUGUAUCAGUACAAUAUGGACGGAUGGAGGUUGGAUGUCGAUCGGAUGCGCAACAAACACGGCGGAGAUGACGGAAUUGCACUAUAUUACAGACGGAGUGGCCAGAACGCAUCUUGUUUCUUGUUUAAACCCCCAGAGAUGGAAAGCUACGUGGUGAACAGGACUGUCCGGGGGUGUUGUGAGGGUUGGGCUGGACCUCACUGCACUCAGGGAGUGAGUUUAUACGGUCGGUGUUUCUCCACUUGGAACUGUGAAGAGUUUCCUGGAAUACAUAACUCCUCGCUCAUGCCCAUUGAAAAAUGCUGCAGCACCUUGUGGGGAUUGAGCUGGAAAAACGCUUCUGACCAGACAUGCUUGUCUUGCACAUAUAAUCUCCUAACAGAUGUCAGGACCUCUCCUCUGGUGCGCAGCGGACUGUUGGGUACUUCCCGUGCUCCUCAGGCUUCAGGCACCUGCAUGUCUUGGGGUGGAGCCCACUAUCGCACUUUCGACAGGAAGCACUUUCACUUCCAGGGCAGCUGCACUUACUUACUGGCAUCAUCAACCGAUGGGACCUGGGUGGUCUACAUCAGCACAGUCUGUGACAGAACAGGAGAGUGCAGCAAGGUGCUGAAGAUGAUGUUGGGUUUGGAUUUAAUUUCAAUACAAAACAAGAAUUUAACCCUGAACAACUUUCCUGUCCCAAACGGGGAGCCAUUGUUUCAAAAUGGGAUAAGUGUUCACUGGUUGGGGGACUUUGUUUUUGUGGAGAGCGGUCUGGGUGUGAGGCUGAAGUUUGAUCUGGUCAACACAGUGUACCUUACAGUGACAGCUGAGCACCUGGCCGCCACCCGAGGCCUCUGUGGAGUUUACAACAACAACCCUGAGGAUGACUUCAGAACGGUGGAUGGAACUGUAUCUCCUUACGCUGCCAGUUUUGGUAACUCCUGGAGAGUUGCUGAUCCCACUAAUGAGGACUGCAGCGAUGCUGCUGAGCUGGGCCACAGCUGUGACAUUACAGAAGAUCUCACUUUACGCAGACAGGCAGAGUCAGUGUGCCACCAGCUGCUGGAGAGUACCUUCACACACUGUCACUUCCGGGUGGACCCAGCUGCCUACAUAGACACCUGUCUCUAUCUGUACUGCAGCCUGCCUUCCAGAGAGAGGGACGGCGCCGUGUGCGAUACGCUAGCCAGCUAUGCGCGGGAAUGUGCCCAACAACACAUCAUCAUAAUGUGGAGGACGCCCAGUCUUUGUGGUCGGGUCUGUCCCAGAGGACAGGUGUUUUCAGACUGCGUGUCCUCCUGUCCCCCCAGCUGUGCUUCACCUCAUCCCCCAGGACCUGCUGCAACCAUGGCCCAGUGCAGGGAGGAGUGCGUGGGGGGCUGUGAGUGCCCGCCAGGUCUCUUUCUACACCAGGGCACCUGUCUGACAGCAGAAGACUGCCCGUGUUUCCACCGAAGACUCGCCUAUCAGCCGGGGGACAGCAUUCAACAGCGAUGUAACACUUGUGUGUGCAGAUCAGGCCAGUGGCAGUGCUCAAGUGAAAGGUGUGCAGGGCAGUGCACUCUGGUAGGAGCCCUACAGGUGACCACUUUUGACAGGAAGAGAUAUUCUCUGCAAGGAGGAGACUGUGCCUUCAUCGCAGUGGAGGACUUUGUGGACAGGAAGCUGGUGGUGACGGUGCGAUUUGGAGAGUGUUCAACAGGUGGAGGCCGACCAGGAUGUCUGAAGGAGGUAUCAAUCACCGCUUUGAGUACAACAGUCACCGUCACAGACACUGGUACAGUGACUCUGAAUGGCGUGAGGAAGACGUUGCCCGUGGUGAACAGUGACCUGGCUGUCCGCAGAGCCUCUUCAUCAUUCAUCCUCGUCCAGACCUUCGGAGCUCUGCUACUGUGGCACCUGGAUGGACCCUUCACCCUCAUCCACCUGCAGCCUGGCUUUGCUCAUAAGGUUCGUGGUCUGUGUGGAACACUGACAUGGAGCCAGCUGGACGACUUCACUACACCAGAAGGAGAUGUGGAGAUUAGUGUUUCUUCAUUUGCAGAGAAAUUCAUCAGUCAAUCCUGUACUCUGCCAAAAGCAGCUCCUUCUGAUCCCUGCUCCACCUACACCCAGAGACUGUCCUAUGCUGAAAGAGUGUGCUCUGUAAUACACAGCCCAGUCUUCCAGAAGUGUCACGACUUGGUGGAGAAGGAGCCCUAUUUACGUCUGUGUCUGUCAGAAGUGUGUGCCUGUGCUCUGCAGAGGUCCUGUCACUGCACUGUACUCACUGCUUAUAGCCAGCACUGUGCCCAGGAGGGGGUUCAAGUCUCCUGGAGAAAUCAGACUUUCUGCCCGGUCCAGUGCUCUGGAGGUCAGGUGUUCCAGGAGUGCGGUCGCACCUGCGGUUUCUCCUGUUUUGACCGGCAACAAGGCUGGCUUUGCAGUGAGAACAGUGAAGACAUGGGUCAAAGAGUUUGUGUUCCGGGUUGUCAGUGUCCAACGGGACAUGUGCAGGACCAUCAGGGCCAGUGUGUGCCUGUUUCUUUGUGUCCAUGUGUGCAAGACGACAAAACCUAUUCGCCUGGGACAAUACUUCAAAACAGCUGUAACACCUGUGUGUGUAAGCACGGAGCCUUUGACUGCACUCAGAAGCUCUGCAGGAGCGUCCAGCAGUGUCCUGGCUCUUUGGUCUACUCCCCACGCUCCUGCAUGCUCACCUGUUCCAGUCUGGACCAGCAGGGACAACAGCAGGGCUCCAGCUGCAGAGAGCCGCUGUCUGGCUGUGUCUGUCCUCAGGGAACCGUCUUCCACGGUGACCGCUGUGUUCUACCAGAUGAGUGCCCAUGCCACCAUAACGGCCGACUCUAUUACACCAAUGAGACCAUAACCAAAGACUGCAACACUUGUGUGUGCCAGAAACGCCGCUGGCACUGCACCCAUUUGGUAUGUGCUGGAGUUUGCGUCGCAACUGGCGAUCCACACUACGUGACCUUCGACGGACGCCGGUAUUCCUUCCUGGGUGACUGCCAGUAUGUUCUGGCGACGGAGACCAGCGGUUUGUUCAGCAUCACAGCAGAGAAUGUUCCCUGUGGGAGCACUGGGGUCACCUGCACAAAGUCAGUCACCUUCAGUCUGGGAAGCACCAUCAUACAUCUGCUGAGAGGUAAAGCUGUGACGGUUAACGGGAUGCCAGUAACUCUACCCAAGUCCUACAGUGGCAGUGGUCUCACUUUGGAGAAAGUUGGCCUUUUUGUUUCCCUCUCUUCACGCCUGGGCGUCACUUUGAUGUGGGAUGGAGAGGGCGUGUGGCAGUGUGAGGGGGUGGCUUGUCCUGCUUCCUCACCCCCUUGUCUGGAGUCAGAGUUUGCCUGUGCCGCUGGACGAUGCAUUCCCUCGCAGUGGCUCUGUGACAACGAGGAUGACUGUGGCGACGGCUCCGACGAGAUCUGUCCGUCCAACUGCUCUGCAGAUCACUUCCGCUGUGACAGCACUCCAAGUGGACCCUGUCUGAACCUGGCUCUGCGUUGUGAUGGAAACCCAGACUGUGCCGACCGGUCAGACGAGGACUUCUGUGGACCCACCCUGCCUGUGCCUCAGUGUCCGGCCGGGGAGUUCCAGUGUGCAAAUGGAAAGUGUCUGGCAUCCAGCCGCGUGUGUGAUGGACGGCCCGACUGCGGCUUUGCUGAUGGAUCCGAUGAACAAGACUGCGGUGUUGUCUGCAAAGAAGGGGAGUUUCUAUGUCCUGGACGGCGCUGCGUCCUCUACCUCCACCGCUGUGACGGCCACAACGACUGUGGAGACUUCAGUGAUGAGAGGGGGGUCAAUGAGUUCGGCUGUGCCUCUGGGGGCCAGUGUGUGCCUCGGGCCUGGCGCUGUGACGGGGAGUCGGACUGCGUGGACGGGAGUGACGAGCAGGAGUGUGGCGGUCUGUGUGCGUUUGGUCAUGUGCCCUGCCUCAGUCAGGACCAGUGUGUGCACUACCUGCAGCUGUGUGACGGGACCCCUCACUGCAAAGACGGCUCAGACGAAAGCAUCAACAACUGUGAUAUAUAUAUAUAUAUAUAUCUUUACAUUUUUUUCCCUUCUGACUCUUCUCAAGGUUCCUCUCAGAUACCAUCGUGUCCUGGCAGCUUCUCAUGUGACAACCACACAUGCGUAAACGUGUCACGGGUCUGUGACGGCGUCCCGGACUGUCCACGGGGGGAAGACGAACUGGUCUGCGACGCAACAGUUUUACCAGCUCCUCCUGGCAGAAGAAACACCUCAACCAGCUGCUCUGGAUACACCUGUAUGGAGGGAACGUGUGUCUCUUUUAACUCUGUUUGUAACGGCGUGGCGGACUGUCCCGACGCCUCACUAACAACACUCCCAGGUCCAACAGAUGAACAGGCCUGCAGAACCUGGAGCUCCUGGGGCCCCUGGGGUCCCUGCAGCGCCUCAUGCGGGACAGGCUCCAUGAGCAGAGAGAGAUCCUGCCCUCAAGGGGAUCCACUGCGCUACUGUCAAGGCCAAGAGGUCCAGAGUCAGCCGUGCUUCAGGACCACUUGCCCUGUGGAUGGGCAGUGGCUGCCCUGGGUGAGCUGGUCAAACUGCUCCGGUCACUGUGGUGGAGUCCAGGUGAGGAGGAGAGGCUGCACUCCUCCUCGCUAUGGAGGUCGGGACUGCUCCCAGCUCCCUGGAUCAUCCAACCAGUCCGUGCAGAUCAAACCGUGUCCUGCUGAUGGAUGUGUUGAGACCAGGUGUCCCUCCAACCUGGUGAGGCACAGCUGUGGCCCCUGCCCAAUGACCUGUGCACACAUCAGCAGUGGGACGUCCUGUGAUUCUCCAUCAACCUGCUUCUCAGGUUGUUGGUGUCCACAAGGUCAGGUGAUGAACCACGUGCAGCAGUGUGUUCCUCCAGAUGAGUGUAUGUGUGAAGUGGCCGGUGUGUACUAUUGGCCGGGACAGCAGAUCAAAACCGAGUGUAAGCUCUGUGUCUGUGAGAGAGGAAGGCCACAGGAAUGUCAGCCCAUCCCAGACUGCACAGUUCACUGCGGCUGGUCAUCCUGGUCGGACUGGGGGGAGUGUUUGGGCCCGUGUGGUGUCCAGAGUGUCCAGUGGUCUUUCCGGAGUCCAAAUAAUCCGGCCAAGUUUGGGAAUGGGAGAGAGUGUAGAGGGAUUCAGAGAAAGGCCCGUCGGUGUCAGACAGCUCCCUGUAAGGAGUGCAGGUAUCGGGAUCAGACUCACACAGUUGGAGACAGGUGGCGUUCAGAGCCGUGUCAGUUGUGCCGCUGUCUUUCCAACAUGACGGUGGAGUGCUCCCCCUACUGUCCAUAUGACACCACUGGAUGUCCCCUGGGUCAUAGUCUGGUACAUGAGGAGGGGAGCAGGUGUUGUUACUGCCAAGGAGAUAAUGGCACUGCCGUGACGGUACGCCCUGACACCGUGACAUCGGAGCCAGCAGAGGGCGGUCCUCCCCUGAUCCCCACAUACCCACUCCCACCUGGAGAUGAGUGCUGGGUCCCUCUUGGUGUACAGAUUCUUCCAGAUUCCAGUUUCACAGCCUCCUCACAUCAAGCAGAUCAUAACCCCGAGGCUGCUCGCCUUCAUAGGUGGGAUUCCCAUCAGGCUCUCCAGGGCUGGAGUCCUGAACCGGAGGAGUAUCAAGAGCUACCAGAGCAGGGACCUGAUGGCAGCACUGAACGUCUCUAUCUGCAGGUAGACCUGCUGAAGCCAUACAACAUCACAGGUGUGUUGACCCAGGGUGGGGGUGGAUUUGGCACAUUCGUGUCCAGCUUUUAUCUGCAGUUCAGUCAGGACGGGAGGCGCUGGUACACCUACAGAGACGCUGCGCCUGACGCAAAGUCCAGAGCCAAGGUUUUUCUUGGUAACCAUGACGAUCGAGGCGUGGUGGAGAACAGACUGGACAGGAUGGUUUUGGCUCAGUUUGUCCGCCUGCUACCCCACGAUUUCCAGAACAGAAUCUUUCUACGACUCGAGAUCAUGGGCUGCGGUGAUGUCUCGCUUUGCAACAGGAUGGAAUUCCAGUGUGGAAACGGUCGUUGUGUGCAGGCCGGCCCUCUGGGAGCGAUCUGUGACGGGGUCGAUGAUUGUGGUGAUGGAUCCGAUGAAAUGUUCUGUGGAACCCAACCCCCCUUCAAAACCACCAGUUCAAGCAGCUGCCCAACCGGUCACUUCUCCUGCCCCCCACCAGGGGGCUGUAUUCAUGCAGAACUGCGCUGUGAUGGAGUUCCUCACUGUCCUACAGGAGAGGAUGAAGACGGAUGUGUCCGUCAUGAUGUCACCACACAGUCGGGAAAGUGGUUGUACACGCCCACUCCAUCUCCUCUGAGAACUCCAUCUAUGGCUGGUGUCACUCGGCCGGGCGUAACCCCAACUGGUCGCAUCCCCCCCCAUCCAGGUGUGUGCUCCUCCUCUCUUGGACUGGAGGAUGGGAGAGUUCGGUACGGACAGCUGACCUCAUCCUCACAUCGUGAGAACAACCCAGCAGACGCUGGUAGACUGAACAUUGUCCCUAACAUUCCAGUCAUGGAGCCUGGUUGGAGCCCCUUACCAGCAGAUCCACAACCGUAUUUUCAAGUAGAUUUUCUGGAGCCUAUGUGGAUAUCAGGGGUGGUGACACAGGGCAGUGAACACAUGCAAGGCUACCUUAAAAAGUACCGUCUGGCCUUUGCUUUACACAGCAACCUAUUCAGUGACUUCACACAGGAUGGAUUGUCUGGGAGUCAUGCAAAGGUUUUUGAAGUUCAGAUGGUCGGCAGGACACCUGUGACCCAAUGGCUUGGCCGGCUGGUCAAAGCUCGCUACAUACGCAUCGUACCUGUAGAGUUCCGACAGACUUUUUACCUGCGGGUGGAGGUCCUUGGCUGCAGAGAAGAGGAGCUGCUGACCCCCCCGAGUGUUACCACAUCUCACUCUGAAAAAGUGCCGGUGCAGAACUGUAAACCUGGACAGUUUUUGUGUAGACACAGUGGAGAGUGUAUUUCCAUGUCUGUCCUCUGUGACGGUCAACCCAACUGUAAAGACCAUUCAGAUGAGAUGAACUGUGGCAUUACUCCAACUGAAGCCUUUCCCGGGCUACACAAUCAGACCAUGUACACUGGAAGACCAGGUUACCGUGGGGAUACCACCACAGGUUUUCCAGGCUUAGCAACUACUUCUUACCAAGGUGGUUUUCCUGGAGUAGCGACAGAUGGAGCCACGGGACCGACCACACUCGAGAACAUCACAAGCACAGGCACCACAGCCAGGCCAGCAGUGACCCCUCAGCGCCCCCUAGUGCCAAGCCACUGCUCCCCCAAGCAGUUUUCCUGCACCAGUGGCGAGUGUAUUCGUCUGGACCGGAGGUGUAACCUGCAGAGGGAUUGUGUCGAUGGAUCAGACGAAGGGGACUGUGUGGACUGCAUCAUGUCACCCUGGACAACGUGGAGUUCCUGCAGCGUGACUUGUGGCCUCGGCUCCUUGUUCCGGCAGAGGGAGAUACUAAGGGAUGCUCUGCCCGGAGGGUCCUGUGGCGGAGCUCAGUUUGAUAGCCGAGCCUGUUUUCCUCGAGCUUGUCCAGUUCAUGGUCACUGGUCAGAGUGGUCAGAGUGGUCAGAAUGUGAUGCUCUGUGUGGAGGAGGUAUCAAGACCAGGAACAGAAGCUGCUCCUCCCCACCUCCUAAGAAUGGAGGUAGAGAAUGCUACGGCAUGACCCUUCAGAGUCAGAGCUGCAACAGCCAUCCGUGCACCAAUGACACCGAUGUACAGAGGGGCUGUGUUGGUGGCAUGGUGCUGGUCACUGAGGAAGACUGCCAGACUGGAAGAGUGGAUCCCUGUCCCUCUAUAUGUUCUGAUCUCAGCUUGACCAGCAGCUGUACAGCAUCAUGUGUAGAGGGGUGUCGAUGUCCGUCUGGGUUGUACCUUCAGGAGGGUCGCUGUGUGAAUUCCAGUCAGUGUGGAUGUCAGUGGAACGGCAAAACGCUCCAACCAGGACAGCGGAUCAAGAGAGACCAGUGUACCACCUGCAUCUGCAAAGAUGGACAAGUCAUCUGUGACCCGCCUACCUGCCAGGUCACCUGCAGCUGGUCAGCAUGGUCACAGUGGUCGCCAUGUGACGUCAGCUGUGGCGUAGGACUUCAGCAACGCUACAGGUCACCAGUGAAUCCUCCAGAGUCGGUCAGAGUCCAGCUCUGUCCUGGAGACUCCUCAGAGGCUCGGAGCUGCUCCAGCCCAUGCCUCCCAGUCCUUUCAGACGGCGUGUGGACUCAAUGGAGCGGCUGGUCAGAGUGCAGUAAAACGUGUUUCAGUCACGUGGAUGACGUUGGAAUCAGACGCCGAUUUCGUAGCUGUAGCUAUGUGUCGCUGAACCACACACACAACCCAGUUCUCUGUGAUGGAGACAAAGAGGAGCAGGAGCCCUGCAACACCGUGCUGUGUCCAGUGCAUGGUUCUUGGUCACCUUGGUCGCCUUGGUCUCAGUGUUCCUUGGAGUGUGACUCUGGGGUUCAAACAAGGAUGAGAGUCUGUGGCUCACCAGCACCACAGCAUGGAGGCAGCAGCUGCCCGGGGCCGCACAUCCAGACUAAAGACUGCAACUCCCAGCCCUGCUCCGGUGUGUGUCCAGAGGGCAUGGAGUACAUGACCUCAGCAGACUGCGAGGCUCAGGGAGGGGCAUGUCCGCGGGUGUGUUUGGAUAUGACCUCCUCGGAGGUUCAGUGUGCCACAGUCUGCUAUGAUGGCUGCUACUGCGCUCCAGGGUUCUACCUGUUCAACGGCAGCUGUGUUCCACUGGCACAGUGCCCCUGUUAUCACAUGGGGGAGGUGUAUCCAGCGGGAGCCACUCUGCCUGCAGAUGCUUGUAACACCUGCACCUGUGUCAAUGGAACCAUGGGGUGUGGGAGCGUUUCCUGUCCAGUGGACUGUGGAUGGAGCAGCUGGACACAGUGGAGCUCCUGCAGCCGGACGUGUGAUGUCGGAGUACGCAGGAGGUACCGAUCCGGAACGAAUCCUCCUCCUGCAUUUGGAGGUCGUCCCUGCAAAGGAGUUAGGGUCGGGAUCGACACCUGCAGCAUUGAACCGUGCCUCGGUGUAAAGGAGCCGUGGACUCCGUGGUCAGAGUGUUCGGUCACAUGUGGGGGAGGAUACAGGACUCGAACCCGUGGGCCCAUCCGAAUCCACGGCACUGCUCAGCAGUUCAGCGCCUGCAACCUGCAGCCCUGUGAUGAGGGCAGGUUCUGUCCGGUGGGUCAGGAGUGGAAGCAGUGUGUGAGGCGACCGCAGUCAUGUGCUGACCUCACUAUGAGCCUCAGCAGUAGCUGCUCCCCGGGAUGCCAGUGUCCACACGGGACUUUCCUUCAGGAUGGCGUGUGUGUGAUGGAAUCGGAAUGCCGCUGUCACGUUGAUGGAGUUCAGUACAAGCCUGGAGACACUGUCCACCAAAACUGCAAUAACUGUACCUGUGAAAGAGGCAGGCUGGUUCAGUGCUCACAAGUCAAUUGCAGCGUUGAGGGUCAGUGGUCGGAAUGGACUCCUUGGGGCCAGUGCUCUCUUUCCUGUGGGUCGGGUCUUCAGUCUCGGUACCGGUUCUGUACCAGUCCUAAGAGUUCAGGCAGUGACCUCCCCUGUCUUGGUCCUCACCGCCAUGACCAAGUCUGCAUCCUCACCCCGUGCGACCGUGACGGAGGCUGGAGUCAGUGGAGUAAUUGGACCGAGUGCACCAAGUCAUGUGGUUGGGGCAUCAAGAGCCGCAGAAGAGAAUGUGACAGUCCAACUCCAGAGGGGGAGGGAAAUUACUGCGAGGGUCUUGUAACUGAAGUCGCUCCCUGUAACACGGAUCACUGUCCCGUUUCUCCCUGCUCCGAGGUUCCCGGAACUGCCUUCAGCAGCUGUGGGCCGUCCUGUCCGCGAUCCUGUGACGACCUGGCACACUGUGAGUGGAAGUGUGAGCCGGGGUGUUACUGCACAGAGGGAAAGGUCCUGUCUCUCAAUGCCACAGUCUGUGUGGCUCGAGAGAGCUGUCCUUGCUUGGACCUCAACACUGGACACCGGCUGGAACCAGGAGAGAUGACCCGCGCCCGGGACGGAUGCAACAACUGCACAUGUGUUGAUGGAAGGUUUAACUGCACAAGAGAGACCUGCCCAGCUUCAGGGGGCUGGUGUGAGUGGUCAGAAUGGACUUCCUGUUCCAGAACCUGUGGGGCGGAGCUGGUGUCCCGCUACCGGAGCUGCAGCUGUCCUGAGCCCAGAGCUGGAGGGGAGCGCUGUCCUGGAGAGCAGGAGACGCACAACGGGGUUGGGGUCCAGAUUCAGAGGCAGCCCUGCCCCGUCAUCACCUUCUGUCCAGUUCAUGGCUCCUGGAGUUCAUGGUCAGAGUGGUCAGAGUGCGAUGCCUGCUCGGGUUCAUCCACUCGCACCAGGGAGUGCAGCAGUCCUCCUGCUAGAUUCAGAGGUCUGCCCUGUCUGGGAGAGAGGAGGCAGAGCCGCGGUUGCCAUGACAACACCACUGUCUGCUCAGACUGCAUUGCAGGUCAGCAGGAGUGGUUUUGUGGGAAACCUUGUCCUCGUUCCUGCUCCGAUCUCCAUGGUGACACCGAGUGUCUGGACCCUCCCCUCUGCGCCCGCUCCUGUGGUUGUCAGGGCGAUGCUGUCCUGCAGGACGGAGUGUGUGUGGCCAGGGAGGAGUGCCAGUGCAAAUACCACAACAAUUCUGUCAACGGUGGUGAGAAGUUCACCAAUGCAUCAUGGGUUUUUGUAAGUCCAGGAGACGUCAUCAGCAACGACUGCAAAAACUGCUCCUGUGAGGCGGGGUUUAUGCGUUGCCAGUCUUUUCCUGCUUGUCAUGUUGACGGCGGCUGGGGUCAAUGGGCAGCAUGGAGUCCAUGCUCGCUCUCCUGUGGUACCGGACUCCAAUCCAGGAGACGCUCGUGCAACAAUCCGGCUCCUCAGGGGGGCGGGAGAGGUUGUGUGGGAGCAGCGGAGCAGACGAAAGACUGCAACACUCAAACCUGCAAAGACUCGGUGGAACCAUGGCGUUCCUGGUCUCAGUGGUCAGAGUGUUCGGUCAGCUGUGGCGGGGGUCAGCAGUCCCGCUUUCGUCUCUGCAGCUCUCCUCCUUGCCACGGCUUGAGUCGCCAGAGCAAAACCUGCAACAUCCAAGUGUGUCUGGACGUGGGCUGCCCCCCCGGCAGGCUGUACAGGGAGUGCGAGCGUGGGGAGGGCUGUCCCUUCAGCUGCGCUCAGGUCAGCGGCAGGGAGGGCUGCUACUCUGACGGCUGUGAGGAGGGCUGUCACUGCCCGCUGGACACCUACCAACACCGGGGCCUCUGUCUGUCGGAGUGUCCAUGUCUGGUGGACAAACAGUUCCUGUCUGCUCUGCAGAGGUUUUCUGCUCCAACCCCAUCAUCUCUGCUUUUCCAUAAUAUCUCAGAGGGAAUGGAGGUCCAGAAUGGAGAGACGGUUAUGCAUGAAUGCAGCUCCUGUGGCUGUGAGCAUGGCAGGUGGAACUGCUCCUUGGAGCACUGCCCUGUUGAUGGUGGUUUGUCCCCUUGGGGUCCGUGGAGCUCCUGCUCGCUCUCCUGUGGGGGUGUAGGUGUUACAACCCGCUCCAGGGCCUGCACACAGCCCUCCCCAACUCACGGAGGGAGCGAUUGCCAGGGCCCCCUCCAGGAAACCACUUACUGUCAAGCUCCUGACUGUCCAGAAGAUUCCGGCUUCUCCCCUUGGUCAACAUGGAGUCCCUGCACUAAAACCUGCACCGACGUUGAAAGCCCGGCUGUGAAGUCUCGCCAUCGCUCAUGUGUCAGACCCCCGUGUUCGGGGAGUUCUCACCAAGACAAACCCUGCAACCUACCACAAUGUCCAGGUGAGGUUUGUUUGGGAGCUGAAUGUGCAGAAAGGAACUGCACAUGGACAGAAUGGGGGGAAUGGAGCCUCUGUUCCAGGUCAUGCGGCGUGGGGCAGCAACAACGGAUCAGAACCUUCCUCCACCCUGGAGCAAACGGGUCAUGGUGUGAGGACAUCAUGGGAGGGAACCUGGAGAAUGGCUUCUGCAACAUCCGGCCCUGCAGAGUGAAUGGAGGCUGGUCCCGCUGGAGCCCCUGGUCCCGCUGUGAUAAGCUCUGUGGGGGAGGACGCUCCAUUCGCACUCGCACCUGCUCAAGUCCUCCACCUAAAAACGGUGGCAGGAAGUGUGAAGGAGAGAAGAACCAGAUCAAGCCUUGCAACACGAAACCAUGUGAAGGGAAGAAAUGCCCCUCAGGGCAGGAGUUUGACCCGUGUGCCAGCCAGUGUCCACAGCGCUGCUCAGACCUCCAGCAGGGACUUCAGUGUCAGGGAAACGCCGAAUGCCAACCGGGCUGCCGCUGUCCAAAAGGUCAGCUGCAGCAGGACGGGCUGUGCGUGGAGGUGUGGCAGUGUGACUGUGUGGACUCAGCGGGUCAGAUUUGGGCAGCGGGCAGCUGGCAUCAGGUGGACUGCAAUAACUGCAGCUGCUCUGACGGAAAGCUGCUCUGCAGCAACCACAGCUGUCAGCCCGCCUGUGUCUGGAGCUCCUGGUCCAGCUGGGCUCAGUGCAGCGUGUCCUGUGGGCCAGGCCAGAGAACCAGAUACAGGUCUCUAGUUCCAGAAACUGAAGGAGCAGAUUGUAACUUUGAGGAGGUUCAGCACAAACCGUGUGAUCCGGGCCACUGUCCAGCUCUUUGCCUUCUUUACGACCAGGAACUCAGCUUGGGAGACACUUGGCUGCAGGGAGAGUGUGAACAAUGCAUUUGCACUCCAGAGGGUGUUUACUGUCAAGACAUAGACUGCAGAGUCGAUGGCGGCUGGACGCCCUGGUCAGUGUGGUCUGACUGUUCUGUGACUUGUGGCGGGGGCACGCAGGUUCAGACCCGUGCAUGUAUCAACCCCCCACCACGGAACAAUGGAUCGGACUGCAGCGGACCGGACAGAAAAACCCAGGACUGCCAGACGCCUCCAUGUUUAGAUGACCUCUGCCACUGGUCGCCAUGGUCGCCGUGCUCCCAGAGCUGCGGGGCGGGGUCUGCGUCUCGCCGCAGGCUGUGUUUGUGCGAGGAUGAGGGUGAGGAAGGAGGCUCGUGUCCCCCUGAGAUCCAGGCUGAGAGGAACCGUGAGGAGACCCAGCUGUGUUACAAACAACCAUGUCCAGGCUGUCCUAUGUCAGCAUGGAGCGUUUGGUCUGAGUGUUCAUGCGUGUCCCAGAGACAGCAGCGCUACCGUGUAGCGCUCACCUCCGCCACCAGGGGUCAGCAGUGCAGCCCUGUAGAAACACAGAGCAGGACAUGCAGCCUGAGUCAGUGUGAUGCCUGUGAGGCUCCGUUUGUGUUCUCUGCAUGCGGCGCCCCCUGUCAGAAACAGUGCUCCCUGCUGGGCCGAGGAGACCUGUGCUUCCAGAACACGGAGUGCACGCCUGGCUGCUACUGUCCACAGGGCCUGCUGCAGCUGAAUGGGAGCUGUGUCCCCUCAGAAGACUGCGGCUGUGUUUACCUGCAGCACCAAGCUGCAGGAAAGCCCCCCUCCACCAUCACCGUCCCUCAGGGGGGCACCAUCACGAUCGACUGCAGCACCUGCCUUUGUCAUGAAGGAGUUUUGCAUUGUGACACCAGAGAAUGUGAUGUGAUCCUCAGCGAGUGGUCCGAGUGGACUCGCUGCUCUCCGUGCAUGUCGUCCUCCUCCGACCAGCUCAGCACUUUAGCUGAAGGACUGGUGGGCGGAGCCGCCGUGGUCUCCAUCCAGAAGCGCUUCCGGGCUUGCCUGGACCUGGACUCUGGUCUUCCUGUCCCUAAAGUAGAAGAAAGCCAGUGUUCGGGACUGCUGGUGGACGAGCGACUCUGUCCGGACGUGAACAUCUGCAGAGACCUGUGUGUGUGGAGUGAGUGGAGCGCGUGGUCGGCGUGCGCAGAGCCGUGCAGCGGAGGAGUCAGGCAUCGCUUCAGACGGCCUUUGAACGUUCCUCCUGGGCCGCACUGUCAGAGCCGACAGACGCAGAGCCACAGCUGCAACACGGGGCUGUGUCCAGGCGAGCGCUGCGAGGACAGAGAGCGGCUCUACCAGCAGUCCUGCGCUAAUCAGUGUCCUCGCAGUUGCACGGACCUAUGGGAGCAUGUGCAGUGUCUCCGAGGAGCUUGUCAUUCAGGAUGUCGGUGUCCAGAGGGUCGGCUGCUGCAGGAUGGUCACUGCGUGCCGGUGAUAGAGUGUCGCUGCGGCAUCCCAUCAGGCAACGGAACGCUGGAGUUCAACCCCAUGGAAGAGACGACAGUAGACUGUAACACGUGCGUUUGUGGGAAUGGAACUCUGCUCUGCACCAAACAUCCCUGCCCUGUCUAUGAGACUUGGAGCUCUUGGAGCUCCUGCUCCGUUUCCUGUGGACUCGGCCAAAUGACCAGGACUCGGACCUGCGAGGACACCGAGGAGGGUCCCUCCUGCGGGGAAACCACGCAGACGGAAAGCUGCCGGCGGCCAUCUUGCCCAGUGGGCUGCUUGUUGAGCGACUGGUCGUCCUGGAGUGAGUGCAGCGCCUCGUGUGGCGGCGGGGUGUCCACGAGGAACAAGACCGUCCUCCGGGAAGCAGAAGCUGGCGGGAAAGGCUGCGAUGGACCGCUUGAGCAGCACGUCGUCUGCAACACCAACCGCUGUCUGCCCGGCUGUCCCAGCUGGCAGGUGUACAGUGACUGCUCGGGCUCUUGUCCGUACACCUGUGAGGACUUGUGGCCCAACACUCAGUGUCUACCUGGACCUUGCACACCUGGGUGCACGUGCCCUUCAGGACAGGUUUUUUAUAGGGGCUCCUGUGUGGAUCAGGCUGACUGCCCGUGUUCGGUUCUCUCUCUGCCAACGGAAUUCCAGAGCUGGAAUGAGAGCAGUGAAGUGCUGCAAGCUGGAGCAACAGUUCAGCAUCUCUGCAACACGUGUGUGUGUCGAGGGGGGGUGUUCCACUGUACCUCAGAGUCCUGUGAUGUGGACUGUGAGUGGUCGGACUGGUCCGCGUGGAGUCCGUGUUCAGCCAGCUGCGGCACCGGGCGACAGAGCUCCACCAGAUCUGUGCUGCUGUCCCACCAGUAUCGAGGAGCCCCAUGUGAAGGCCCCAAGAACCGCACCACAACCUGUACUGCUGCGGACUGUGCGUGUCCUGAUGGAGAGCAGUGGAGGAGGAGCACUUCCGAGGAGGCCCCACUGUGUGAGAGGAGCUGCCAGGACAUUUACUCCUCCCCCCCCGUCAGCUGCAGCCACUCGUCUGGAAGCUGCGUGUGUCGGGAGGGGCUGUACAGGGACGCGGGCGGCGCGUGCGUCAUCCCCGCCCUCUGCCCGUGCCGUGACCAGGGCGUUCUGCGGGAGGCAGGAUCUCAGUGGAAUGAGAGCUGUGACUGGUGCAGCUGUGUGAACGGCAGAAAGCUGUGCCAGAGGAGGUGUCCUCCACUCCACUGCGCCGAGGGGGAGAUUAAGGUGGAGGAGCCAGGCAGCUGCUGUCCAGUCUGUAGAAAACCUUUUCCAGAUGAACUGAUGCCAGAGUGUCAGCGCUACGUUCAGUUCCAGAACAUCACCAAGGGACGCUGUCACCUUGACAACGUGGAGGUCAGCUUCUGCAGGGGGCGCUGUCUGUCCAGGACUGAUGUCAUCUUGGAGGAGCCCUACUUAAAGUCAGAGUGUGAAUGCUGUAGUUACCGCCUGGAUCCAGACCAUCCCGUCCAUUUUCUCAGCUUGCAGUGUGAGAAUGGAGAGAUGGAGCCAGUUGUUCUUCCAGUCAUACAGAGCUGUGAGUGCACCAGCUGCCAAGGGGGCGACCUCUCCAGGCGCUGAACCUUAAACAUACCUGACAGAGAGCAUAAAGGAGUGUUUCCAUUCAGACUCUGGCCGUGAUCCUUCAAACGCGUAUUUAACUACAGCUCUACUGUUGUGGGAUGAACAGAUGAGGCGAAGACAAAUAAAAACACCAAUCUGUCCUUCUUUAUCAUAUGACUCUGCUACUCCUGACUGUACAGGUAGAUUUCCUGUUUCAUUUUGAUUCUUCUGCCUGAACAGCUUUUUCUACAUUAUAUUUAUAGAUUUCAAUGUAAGCAUUCCGAUGUUUUUUCAAAUGUAGACUGAAAUAAAAAUGUUUGUUUUUUUCUUA